AGAUUUUCCAGCGGCGCCAAAAAGCGACCUGGAGUGUUGGCGCAGCGCGCAAGCGCAGUUGGCCGCUGGCCCUCGGCGGUGUGAAGUUUCACACCCGGAUGGAGGUUGGGUGAGGCCUCACCAGCUGAAGAGAGCGACCCUGAGGUAGAGAUCAUGUCUCAUUUGGAUGAAGCAGCCCGCCAGCUGUCCAAAAGUGGGACAACUCUCUAUGCCGUGCUGGAGCUGAAGAAAGGUGCCUCACCUGAAGACAUCAAAAAGGCUUACAGGAAACUGGCCUUGAAGUAUCAUCCAGACAAGAAUCCAGGGGAUGCUCAAGCAGCAGAAAUAUUCAAAGAGAUCAACACAGCCCACUCCAUACUGAGUGACCCUAAGAAGCGGAAAAUCUACGACCGGCAUGGCUCAUUGGGAAUAUAUAUAUAUGAUCACUUUGGCGAAGAAGGCGUCACGUACUAUUUUACGAUGAAUAGUUGUUGGUUCAAGACACUUGUCCUCCUGUGCGCUCUGCUCACCUGUUGCUGUUGCUGCUGCUGCUGCUGCUUUUGCUGUGGAACACUUAAGCCACCAUCUGAGGAGGUUGCCAAAAGAUAUCAGCAGAAUGUCCAGAAUCAGCCUCCGAGGUCAGGUGCUGACCCAGCAAAGGGUGCCUGCCCAUCCCACUGGACACGUUGAAGAGAGGAGCAAAUAGCCCUGUCCUGACAUUGACCCUGAUUUCCCCCUCUUUUUUUUUUUUAUAAGCAUCCCAACUUCGGAAGCAUUGAUGGCAUCUAUCCCAGUGUGGAUACCACCUCUGUCCUUGAUGAUACCACUGACCCGGGCAAUACAAGGCCACCCAGCUAUUCUUUUUAGCUCCAGUCCCAAUUUUAAUCUGUUUAGAUAACAGCCCUCCCAUCCCUACCCUUAUGACUUCUCAGACAGUGGUGAGCAUUCUUUUUCCUGUGCACUCUUUUUUCCUGUGCCUUGGGAUUUGAGCCAAUUUCAGCUGGUAGGGGCCCUGAGUCACUUGUAGUAUCUCCACCAAGAUCCUGAUAACUGAGCAGGGUGGUUCCUAUCCCAGAGCUACUCAUCAGCUAACCCUCCUUUGUUGCAACACUGCACCAAGAACUUUUAGCAUCAGCCUCAUUCCUAUAACCAGCACACCUUUCUGGGGCUGGUCUCACUUCUCCUGGUGCCCAUGCACUUGAUGUUGUCAGCCUCAUUCUAUGCCACCAUGACUCAGCUCAGGCAAAUUAUGAAUGCAUUUGAGGUGUAGAGGUAGUUAUCUCACCUUUGGAUUCUGUCUGGACUCCACCACAGCACAACACUCCUCACCAUGGGUCCUGUGGGCUGACCAAAGUUCAUACAUCAGUGGUUGCUUGCCUCCAUCCUUUUUACCACAUCUUAUGCAGGCUUAUCACCAUAUAUGUUGUUCUUAAAAUGGGCAUGAAACAUUUUAUAGGGAAAAGAUACUACUUUUACAGACCCUUUCCCCACUCGUGCCUCUUCAUAUUGCCUGUUUGGUAACCUCUCCACACCAUUUAUUUCCCAUCCACCCAAGGUCAGAACUGAGUAACUCCUCAAACUUCUCUCUCCUGACUGGGAGAGGGACUAAGAAAUGUCAGUAAAUAAACGAUCUUUUUUGUCCAACC